AUGGGGGCGAAGAAGAGAGCUGUCCUCGCGAGCCUCCUGCUCGCCACGCUGGCCACCCAGGCCUUCGUCGCUGUGUCCGCCAGGAGCGGCCCGACGGACAAGGCUACCCAAGAUGACGUGAAGAAGCCGGACUGCGUGCCGGCCCUCGACCCGCACUCCUGGCCCGGCGGCCAUCCCGGAACCACCGUGCCGCUCCCCUCGCACGGAGGCUCCUCUGGGUCGUCGUCGCCGCCUUACCAUGGAGGCUCCGGCACGACGCCCUCGCACGGCAGCUCCUCCGGGUCGUCGCCGCCUUACCACGGCGGCUCCGGCACGUCGCCGUCGCACGGAGGCUCCGGCUCUAUUCCUGACCCGUCGCACGGCGGGUACGGGACGCCGCCUUCGCACGGGAGCUCCGGCUCGAUCCCCGACCCGUCGCACGGCGGAGGAGGCUACGGCACCACCCCAGCUGCGCCGUGGCACUCCUCCCCGACGCCGUCCACUGGCAGCGGUGGCUACGGGAGCUCACCCACCACUCCGUCGCACGAUGGAGGAGCCUACGGCGGAUCUACACCGUCGCACAGCAGCGGCACGGCGACGCCCACACCGUUCGUCCCCGUCGACCCCAACAGCGCCGGGACAUGCGACUACUGGAGGUCGCACCCCAUGCAGAUCUGGUCGGCGCUGGGGAGCUGGCCGAGCUCCAUGAGCCACUUCUUCGGCGCGGCGGGAGGAGCCGCCGCCGGCGGGACUUCGUCGAACGUGAGCAUCCAGGACGCGCUGGCCAACACCAGGACCGACGGCGCCGGCGCGCUGCUGCGGGAGGGCGCCGCGGCGCUGCUCAACUCCAUGACCCGCUCCGGGUUCCCGUACACCACCGACCAGGUCAGGAGCGCCUUCGUGGCGGCGGCCGCCGGCGGCUCCGACAGCGCCGCGGCGACCCAGGCGGCGGCGUUCAAGAAGGCCAACGAGGGCAGCAAGGCGUAG